AUGCGAAUCUCAGUAACUCUCUUUCUUUCAUUUUUCUCCUCAUAUUUUCUUCUUUCUUUCUUUCUUUCUUUCUUUCUUUCUUUCUUCUGUUUUCUUUUUGUCUUUCUUUCAUUUUCAUUCUUCUUUCUUUCUUUCUUUCUUUCUUUCUUUCUUUCUUUUGUUCUCUUUGAUCUGAAACAGUCACUGUUAUUUUUCUUUCUUUUCUUUUCUGUAAUCUUUUCUUCCAAUUUAUCUUUCUUUCUUCCCUGUUCUCUGUUUGUCUUUCUUUUGUUCUUUUAUAUUGUUUCCUUCUUUCUGUCGUCAUUGUUAUUUUUCUUUCUUGCUUUCUUUUUUGUAAUCUUUUCUUCCUAUUUGUCUUUCUUUCUUUCUUUCUUUCUUUCUUUCUUUCUUUCGUCUUUUUCCACAACGGAUCGAUCUGUCUCUGUCUACAUAGCUCUUUUUCUCUUUUUCACAGACGGUAGAUAUUUCUCUGUCCACCCCCGACUCUCACGCUCAUUCUGCCUCUCUGUCUCUCUCUAUCUUAGUCUGAUCAGAUCUAUCCUUCUAGAUCACCCUCUCUGGAUUUUUUCUGCUCUCUCUCUCUCUCUCGCUAUCUAUCUUAUCUAUUCAUCAUUCUCUGUCAGUUUGUUUCUCUCUCUAUCGCUCUCACUAUCACAAUCAGUCCAUCUCUCUCAUUUCUCUCUCUAUCGCUCUCACUAUCACAAUCAGUCCAUUCUCUCUCUCUCUCUCUCUCUCUAUAUAUAUAUAUAUAUAUAUAUAUAUAUACUAGUCUGUUUAGAUCUCUAUCUAUCUAUUUUAGUUUUUAAUAUUUUUUAUGUUUUUAUCUCUAUCUAUCUUGCCAUCUACCUCAGUAUUUCAAGAUCUCUCUCACGUAAUCUGACUCUCUCUUUCACUCUAUCGGUUCAUCUCUCUCUUUCACAAUGUCAGUUUGUUCAUGUCUCUCUCUCUUUCUUUCCCUCACACACACAUUCUAUCUGGCUAUCUACCUCAAUCUACUCAGAUGUAUCUGAUGCAAACUUGAUAGAAGCCAUCUGUCGGGGUCAUCACCAUUUUGAAAGUAUCAGUUCAGAUAUAUCAAAAGAAACAAAGACAAAAGUCGAAUGA